AUUUCACAUUUUAUGUAUUAUUCAUGUACAAAUUCAAUCUAUGAUCACCUAUUUGAAAAUAAAUCACAGAAAUUCAAUGAUGCUUUUUAGCUUAGUCUACGCUCUUCUAUUAUCUACUCAAUUAGCAUUGAUCAAUAGUGAAGAAUGCCCAAAACGAUGUGCAUGUAUGGGUCAAACAAUACGUUGUCAAAAUGUUGGUUUUCGUACUAUCCCACAAUUACCAACUAUUGUGCCUAGUUCAGAUGGUGGAGUUUUGGAAUAUUUAACUAUUGUUGAAAAUUCAAUUAUGCGACUGGAGAAAGCAUCAUUUGAAGGACAUUUAGAUUUGUUACGUUUAGAAUUAUAUUCAAAUCAAAUUGUGUGGAUAUCGGUUGAAGCAUUUAUUGGAAUGCCAAUGUUGAAAGUUUUAAUGUUACGAUCAAAUCGUCUUGCUUAUUUACCACAAGAUGUAUUUACACCAGUAUAUACAUUGGAAGAAUUAGAUUUAUCAAAUAAUCAAUUGAAACAUAUACCAUUUUCAGUGGAAGGUUUAAUUUUCUUAAAACGUUUAUCAUUAGGCAAUAAUCCAAUUCAUUGUCCUUGUGAACUAGUUGAUUUUUCAUUAUCCCUCAUGUAUGUGGAAUCAAAAUCAUCAAGAGUUAUUUGUCAUAGUCCACCACAAAUACGUAAUAUUAGACUGUCAGAUUUAGCUGGUCGUCUUCGUACUCUUGUGAACCAGACACGUUUGUUAGGCUUUCAAGCAAUAAGUAAUGCAGACAGAAAUAAAGUUAUUCAUUCAGAACCAUAUCAACAAUUACAUGGUUAUUGGCCAUGGCCACAUUGUCCAAGAGAAGAUUUUGGUGGAAGGACACCUCAACUAUUGACUGAGUCUGAUAGUGAAUAUGAAACACAGGAUCCAACUUCAAAUAAUUUUAUUCAUAAUAGUCCAACGCAAAACAAUGUAAUUUAUUCUGAGAACAAAGCACCAUCUUUAGUUGUUCAACUGAAAAAUGUUAAAGUGGUGGCUGGUGAAGUAGCUAGAUUUAUAUGCAGAGGGGAAUCAAGUGUUCCUAGUCAAAUCACAUGGAUUUUACCAGUUAAAGCUACACGUUAUAUAAGACUGUAUAGAAGACGACAAAUCUUGGAAAUUACCGAGGCUCAUGACUAUCAUGAAGGCAGUUAUGUUUGUGUGUUAUCUAAUCCCUACGGAGUUGUUACUUCAGAAGGUAUUCUUCAAUUAAUCCAACCAAUAAAACCAACAAUAAUUGAGGCUCCACCAGCUGAUGAUAACGUUGUGGCAGAACAUUCAGUUAUGGAUUUACGGUGUACAGCGAAAGGUUUACCAAAACCUUAUAUAUCAUGGUUAUGGCAAAAAGACGGUUUACCAUUACAAUUAGUUACAGGUGGUCGAUACAUUGUACGUAGUCAUAGUACCGAAAUAAAUUUAUUACAAUUUCAGUUUCAAAAUAAUUUGAGUAUUUAUUCAACGGAUCAAUAUAUUUUAGCUGAAAAUGAGAAGACGGAAACGCUGAGUGUAUUAUUGGUUCGAAAUGUCACCACAGAAGAUGCACAUGGUAGAUAUACAUGUUAUGUAGCAAACAGAUUAGGAUCAGCACGUGUUUCCACGGUAAUUCGUGUUCUAUCUGAUAAUGUUCAACAAGUAUCAUCUGUUUCUGAAAUGUAUAAUGAAACCAUUGAAAAUGAUGAUAUAAGUUAUAAGUCGUCAAAUAAUAAUCAACCUAACAAUGGUGAUGAUCUUGUCAAAGAAAUUAUAGAAAAAGCACGUAGACGUAUUGAAACAGCUAUUCGCAAAACAGCUGAUCGUUUAAGAGAUACAGGUCGUAGAAGAUCAUCAGCAGAUAUUGCUUCAUUAUUUCGACAACCAAAUCGUGCAGCACUUGAAUUAGCUAAAGCAGCUGAAGUUUAUGAAGCGGCAAUCGAUGAAGUGACUAGUAUUUUACGUCAGCGGAAUCAAAAACAUUUUGAAUUUAACAAAACUGACAUUAUACCAGAUGAUUUUAAAGAACACGAUGAAAUUGAUCCGAAUUCACGUGAUACACUCGGUGUUGAAUUGAAUACAGAUCAGUUGGCUAUUAUAGCUCAAUUAUCAGGUUGUCAAAGUGCACAACAAGUUGAUCCAUGUUCAAGACAAUUAUGUUUUCAUUUACGUUAUCGUUCAAUCGACGGCACUUGUAAUAAUUUGAAUCAUCCUCGAUGGGGUGCUGCAUUGGUACCGUUCAGACGUUUAUUACCACCAAAAUAUGAGAAUGGUAUGAAUACACCAAUUGGAUGGUCGUCUACAAAAUUAUACUUUGGAUAUCCUAAACCAUCUGCACGAUUAGUUUCUCGAGAACUGUUGGGUAAUGCAUCUUUGAUGGUGAAAUUAACCAGCAUGGUAGAAGCUUAUAAUAAACAAAUGAAGAUGAAGAAAGUCGAUGAUAUGUCAGCGAUGAAUGUUUCUUAUGCAAAAGACAAUCAAAAUGAAAUGUUCGCGAUGAAUACAAAUUCUUCAUCAACCGAUCAAGCGAUCAAUUAUAUGGAUAAAAAAUUAUUCGAUGAAGAUGAUCAAUUUAGUGGAAUGCUAAUGCAAUGGGGACAAUUUUUAGAUCAUGAUUUAGAUUUUACACCUGUGGAUGCAUCCACUAGUCGAUUUAGUGAUGGUCUCGGUUGUAAUGAAACAUGCAUUAAUGAUCCACCAUGUUUUCCAAUCUUAGUACCACCUGAUGAUCCACGUAUUAAACAUCGGUGUAUUGGUUUUGCACGAUCUAGUGCAACUUGUGGUUCUGGUUCAACAUCGAUUUUGUUAGGUAAACCAAGAUAUCGUGAACAAUUAAAUCAAAUCACUGCUUUUAUUGAUGCAUCCAAUGUUUAUGGUAGUGAUGAUUUUGAAAAUAGUCAAUUAAGAGAAACACUAUUUGAUGAAGGUAAAAUGAGAGAAGGUAUGCCAACGGAAAUUGGUAAAUCUUUAUUACCUUUUAAUAUUCGAGGACAAGUUGAUUGUCAAGCUGAUCCUAAACAAGAUUUUGUACCAUGUUUUAAAGCUGGUGAUCAUCGUAGCAAUGAAAAUCUCGGUUUGUUAUCAUUGCACACAUUAUGGUUUAGAGAGCAUAAUCGUUUAGCUGAUAGUUUGAGAACAUUAAAUCCACAUUGGUCAGGUGAUAGAAUAUUUCAUGAAGCUAGAAAAAUUGUCGGUGCCUCAAUGCAAGCAAUCACUUAUCAAUUAUGGUUACCAAUGAUAUUAGGCAAUGAUGGUAUGCAACUAUUAGGUCCGUACAAUGGAUAUGAUGAUCAGAUUAAUCCAACUAUAAGCAAUGAAUUUGCUACAGCUGCAAUGAGAUUUGGUCAUACAAUGGUACCACCGAUUGUAUUUAGAUUAAAUGAAAAUUGGGAAACUAUAGAUCAAGGUCAUUUAUUAUUGCAUCAAGCAUUUUUUGCACCUGAUCGAUUAUUGAAAGAUGGUGGUAUGGAUCCAAUAUUAAGAGGUCUUUUAUUUCAUGGUAUACGUGAUCGUUCAAGAAAUCCAUCAUUAAAUAGUGAAUUAACGGAAAGAUUAUUUGCUAUGGCACAUGAACUUGCAUUAGAUUUAGCAGCAUUGAAUGUUCAACGUGGACGAGAUCAUGGAUUGCCAGGCUAUACUGAAUAUGCAUAUAAAGUUUGUGGAUUAGGCAAUUCAGCAUAUCCUGAUUCUUUCAAUGAGUUGAAAUCAAGAAUUUCAAAAUCGUAUAUUUUAGAAGGAUUAAGAAGAGUUUAUGGUCAUCCAGGAAAUAUAGAUUUAUUUACAGGUGGAAUUUUAGAAGAUCUUCUGCCAAAUGCUCGUGUUGGUCCAACAUUCGCUUGUAUCAUAGCUGAACAAUUUCGUAAACUUCGGUCAGGUGAUCGAUUUUGGUAUGAAACACCUGGUGUAUUUUCAUCAGCUCAAUUAGCUGAAAUCAAACGUGCAGGUUCGAGUUUAUCACGUAUUAUAUGCGAAAAUUCAGAUAAUAUUACUAAAGUCCCUGAGAAUGCAUUUAUUCGACCGAAUCGUAAAGAAGAUCUUAUCGAUUGUAGUCGUAUAUCAAGAUUGAAUUUAGCUGUAUGGAAAGAAUGUCCAUUUACAAGUGGUUUCUUAAGUGCACAUCAUGGAACAGCUUACAUUACUGAUACUGGUAAAUUAGAACAAACUGAAUCAUCAUUUGUCAGACGACAUAAACGUGAUAUUGUGACAAAUGAGCCUAUUUCAUCAGGAACUGGUGCUAAUCACAGUCAAACAGAACAAUUGGCAUUAUUAUCAAAUCGAAUUAAACAACUGGAAGAGCAAAUGCUUAUUUUAUUGAAAAAUAAUAAAGAUAAAUCAUAAUGAAACAUCAUAGGUAACAGUUGAAACAAUAGAUUUUGAACAUUCCACGUUUAUAUCGUUUAGGAAACAAACAAACAAACAAACGAACUAGACAAUAUUUAUGUAAAAAAAAUAAAACAAAGAACACAUUUAUACAAUUCAAUGGAAUAAAACUUAACCAAAGAUAAAUUCCUUUAUUAACUUUUAUCGAUUUCCAUUUAUACUUGAUAAACAUACUUCAUGGUAAAUCAAUAUCUUCAGAGGAAAAACCAAAAAUGAAGCCAACAAGACCUUAGGGAUAUUCUUAGAAUAUGGUUUAAUCAUAGUCGCCAUAUUUAAUUAUUGCAAAAAAAACAAACAUUUAUUUUAACAACAAUAAUACCGCCAAAUUCAAAUGUUUUCUUAUCUUUUCUAUUUAUCAUUUUCAAUAGUAAUUUGAUCAUGUGUACUUUGAAAUGUGAUUAAGUAGAAUAUAACCUUGUCAAACUAGCUAGGACUAUCAUUGAUUCAUUGUUUUUAUAUAUUGUUAGUUAGCUGUUUACAUGUACACAAUAAAUGUGGAUGGAAUAUAGGAUAAAAGAUGAUGGUAGUGAUUACUACUUCUUCUUCGAUCAAAACAUUUGUCAACAUGGUGAAUUUUAUAAACAAUAAGUUGAAAUUCAACAAAACUCUGUUCAUGAAUAAUCAUUUGAAAUUUGUUUGUAAAAAAGAAA